UUGGUUUUCGUCACGCUGCUGUCAUGUGACGGUCAUGUGACCCCAGCUCACUUCCGGCUCUGCGUGGAAGAGGAAGAAAAGUUGCACGUCAGGAGUAAAAAAGUUUUUUUCUUUCGAUCCAUUCAGUGCAAAGUAGAAACGCAACAUCGUUAAAGCACAUCUGCGUUUAUCGGAGGAUAAAUAAGGUUGCGGUGCAGUUGUGAUCAGUGUGAAUCGGGGUAAAUGCUCGGGAUGUCCGCCAACAGUGUGUCGUAUAACGAGCAGGGCUCGGUGGAGUCCGGUGUGGACGCGGCGCAGGAGAACAGCAGCAUCCCCGCGAGCAUCAGCAGCGGCGGGGCCGCCUCCAGCCUCUUCAGCGCCGACUACAAGAAGAAUGAAGAUCUGAAAGAGAUGCUGGAAAGCAACAAAGAGUCUCUGAAGCUGGAGGCCAUGAAGAGGAUAGUUGGGUUGAUUGCCAAGGGAAAGAAUGCUUCUGAACUUUUCCCAGCAGUGGUGAAGAACGUUGCAAGUAAAAACAUUGAGCUGAAGAAGCUGGUGUACGUGUACCUCGUCCGGUACGCAGAGGAACAGCAGGAUCUCGCCCUCCUGUCAAUCAGCACCUUUCAGCGGGCACUCAAGGAUCCCAAUCAGCUGAUCAGAGCGAGCGCUCUCAGGGUCCUGUCCAGCAUCAGAGUUCCCAUCAUCGUGCCCAUCAUGAUGCUGGCCAUCAAAGAAGCAGCCACCGACCUUUCACCUUACGUCCGGAAAACUGCCGCUCACGCCAUUCAGAAACUCUUCAGUCUGGACCCGGAUCAGAAAGAGCAUCUGAUCGAAGUGAUUGAGAAACUCCUGAAAGACAAAAGCACGCUGGUUGCCGGCAGCGUGGUGAUGGCGUUUGAGGAGGUCUGUCCGGACCGGAUCGACCUGAUCCAUAAGAACUAUCGGAAGCUGUGUAACCUGCUGGUGGACGUGGAGGAGUGGGGUCAGGUGGUCAUCAUACACAUGCUGACCCGAUACGCCAGGACGCAGUUUGUCAGCCCAUGGAGAGAGGACGCCGUGUUUGACGAGAACAGUGAGAAAGCAUUUUAUGAUUCAGAGGAGGAAAGGAGAGUGGACCAGUCCAAACCGUACAUCAUGGAUCCAGACCACAGACUCCUGCUCAGAAACACUAAACCACUGUUACAGAGCAGAAACACCGCAGUCGUGAUGGCAGUAUCUCAGCUCUACUGGCAUCUGUCUCCUAAACAUGAACUUAGCAUCAUCACCAAGUCCCUGGUGAGGCUCUUGAGGAGCCACAGGGAAGUUCAGUACAUCGUGUUGCAGAACAUCGCCACUAUGUCCAUUCAGAGGAAGGGGAUGUUUGAGCCCUUCAUGAAGAGCUUCUAUGUGAGGUCUACAGAUGCAACACACAUCAAAACACUCAAGCUGGAGAUUUUGACUAACCUGGCUAAUGAAGCAAACAUCUCCACCAUACUGAGAGAAUUCCAGACGUAUGUGAAGAGUCAGGAUAAGGCGUUCGCAGCGGCCACCAUCCAAGCCAUCGGCUGUUGUGCCACUAACAUCUCUGAGGUGACUGACACCUGCCUCAACGGCCUGGUCCUGCUGCUGUCCAACAGAGACGAGACUGUUGUUGCAGAAAGCGUCGUAGUCAUCAAGAAACUUCUGCAGACUCAGCCAUCACAGCACAGUGACAUCAUCAAACACAUGGCCAAACUCUUCGACAACAUCACUGUCCCGAUGGCAAGGGCCAGCAUCCUGUGGCUGAUGGGUGAAUACUGUGAACACGUGCCUAAAAUCGCCCCCGACGUCCUGCGAAAGAUGGCCAAGACCUUCACCGAUGAGGAGGACAUUGUCAAACUUCAGAUCGUCAACCUUGCUGCCAAACUCUACCUGACCAAUUCCAAACAGACUAAAUUGCUGACUCAAUACAUUUUGAACUUGGGCAAGUAUGAUCAGAACUAUGACAUCAGAGACCGAACACGGUUCAUUCGUCAGCUGAUUGUCCCAAACGAGAAGAGCGGAGCCCUGAGCAAGUACGCUCGCCGCAUCCUGAUGGCGCCCAAACCGGCUCCUGUCCUGCAGUCUGCCUUCAAAGAUCGAGACCGGUUUCAGCUUGGCACACUCUCUCAUACACUCAAUUCUCAGGCCAGUGGAUACCUGGAGCUUUCUGAUUGGCCGGCUGUCGCUCCUGACCAAUCAGUGAGAAAUGUGGAGGUAGUAGAACCAGUGAAAGAGGCUGGAGCACCGGCACUUAGUAAAUCCAAACCUGCCAAAUCAAAUGAGAAGUUCUACUCUGAUUCAGAGGAAGAAGAGGGGGAGGAGGAAGAGGGAAGCAAUAGUGAAGACAGUAGCAGCAGCAGCAGUGAAGAAUCAGUAAGGGAGUCUGAGAGCGAGGAGAACAGCAAUGAUUCAAACAAGAGCAGCUCCAGCCAAUCGGAGAAGAGCUCCAGUGAAUCAGACUCCGAAAAGAAGAAGAAAACUCUAAAAAACAAAAAACUACAACAGCAGAAACCGGACAGCAAAGACAGGAAGCAGAAGAAUGGGAAUGCUGUAAAGGUUGAAUCCAGAUCUGAAAGUGAAUCAGGCUCUGAGAGUUCCUCGUCUGAGAGUUCGUCUGAAUCCAGAUCAGAAUUGGAUUCAGAUUCAGACUCAGGAACUGAUCAAAAGAAAAACACAAAGCCUAAACCUGUCCAGUCUAAACCAGUCAUAAAGCAGGUUGAGAAGAAGGAAGUGUCUCUUCUUGAUCUGGAUGACUUCUCGCCCGCGCCGGUCACUACACCCAAAAGCUCCAUCCUGUCACCUAAUCUGCUGUCAGACCUGCAAGGGCUCUUGAUCUCACCCACCGCAUCUGCCUUACAGGCGAGUUCUCCCGUGUUUGUGCCGGAAACCUCCCAUGAGCUGCUCCACAGGAUGACGGGUAAAGGUCUGUCAGCCCAGUACCGCUUCACCCGGCAGCCCUGUAUCUAUGGCAACAGCAUGGUAUCCCUGCAGCUGACGCUAAGCAACAGGACUGACCAAGCCCUGGAGAACAUCCACAUCUCUGAGAAGAGCUCCACCGGACAAAACAUCCACCGCUUUAAUGCUAUCGAGCGUUUGGAGCCGCAGGCGUCAGUAACAGUGUCCAUGGGCGUAGACUUCAAUGACUCUACACAAACUGCAAACUUCCAGCUGUGUACUAAAGAAGAUGAAUUCAGCGUGUCCAUCCAGCCUGCGGUAGGCGAGCUGCUGCUGCCCAUCACAAUGAGUGAAGCAGACUUCACCAAAGAGCAGGGUAAACUGGUAGGCAUGAACGAGUCUUCGGCAACAAUUACCAUUACGCCGGAGAACGUCUCCAGCCAAUCAGUAAACAGAAAGGUGGUGUCUGUCGCCAACCUAGGGGUUAUUCCAUCCGGUCAGGAGAACAUAUACAGGUUUGCCGGUAAGACGGUGAGUUCUGGAUCUCUGGUCCUGGUGUCGGUCGCCCUGAAGGAUCCUGACGCUAUGAUCACCAUUAACACUGAGAAAACAGUCAUGGGCUCUAUGCUCCUGCGACAGGUUAAAACGGCCCUGACCAACAGCGGCCCCUAGAAAGAGAUCAAAUCUCACCGUCACUCUUUCACACUCAGGACAGGUGCUGUAUUCAAAUAUAGCUCACUCUGGGUAAUAAUGACACUCGGGAGGAUUUGUAUUGUUUGGAAAAGAUGACAGAAAGAUGGCUUCAUAUCUGUUCUCAUUUCAAGAGAUUUUAUGCCCCAGAUAUGCUUUGCAUAAGUCUCUGCUUUCAUUACGGGCGCAUUAAUGUUCUCUGCUAAUCUGUGAGAUUUGACUGUAUUCAGAAAGGCUUUUUGAGCUCAAUGCUGACAGUUUGCACAGCUUUUUAUUUGUUGGUAAGAUUUCAUUUUGAUAAAUGUCCCAGAUGACAUGAUGCUGACUAGCAUGUGCCGUUCUCUGUCUGCUCUUUGUGUGACCAAAAUUGCAAAACUAUGUGUUAUUCCUGACAGGAGUUUAAUUUGCUUAAAAUUACAGUGAUUAAAAAAAACAAUAUGG